UCGCAAAACAUAACAUGGUAUUUCGUGAUCCCCCUCUGUGUUUAGAUAAUGGAAGUAGUUAAUACUUCUUUAUAUUCAUAACUCUCAAUCUGAGAUGAACGGUGUGGGGAAGUUCAACAUUAUUAUUUAUAUAUAAGAGGAGACUAGUGUUGUUUUUUUUAUGGCGCAUGUGAUUAUUUAAGCGCCAUUCGGCAAUGGAAAUUAAUUUUGUUUGGAAUAGAGAUACAUCAAGAUGUAUUUUAUAUUUUCAAACAUCAUUGGCUGUCGGUAUAUUUUGUUUACUUCCUCAUAUCGAAAGAAUUGGUCUUCGUUUCCUUUACCAUUCUGGAAUUAGAUUUUAGCAGAAGAGCAUUGAUGGAAAAAGACACUACUUCAACAUUUCGUAGAGAUUUCUUGCUGAAUUUGGGCACUUAAUAAAAUAGAGUGAACAAAUUGCUGGGUAGUGUUAAGUGUCUGCGAGCGUUAAACGACCUCUUUCAUCAAUACCUGUUUUGAUCAGUGACGAUCAGUUAAACAAUAUACCGCCAUAACAUGACAGCGUUUCAGUGACAGAUUAAACCAACACUACUUGCGUGCCAUGCUAUUUGUACAGGGUGCCUAUGCUGGCACCUGGAUUAAUGGACCCUUCUCUCUACCUGUCCCCAGUUUGUUUGGUUUAAUACACACAUUCAUAACUUUCUAAUGGAAGAUUUCUCAAUCAUCGAUAAUGUAAUCAUGCAAACCCUUUGAAAAAAUUGAAGCAUGGAUGUUAUGGACUCUGUUCUAUUGAUAGCGGGAUUUGUAAUCCUGAUAACCCAUGAUUCCUGUCUAUCGGAAGUUUAUGUGAAAGAAGCUGGACAACGAAUUGUGGAAAUCAAACAGGGUCAAGUAAGGGGUCGUGUUAUUGGCUAUCCCAAAGAUCCCACGUUCAAGGAAGUAGAGGAGUUCGCAGGAAUAAGGUAUGCUUCAUUGAGAGGAGGUAGGACAAGAUUUAUGCCACCAGCCUCAGUGGUGAGAAAGUGGCAAUAUGUACAUGACGCAUCACAUGUCAGUGAGGUAUGUCCACAAAGCAGACGACCACCCUCCCCUCGAUACCCAGAGGGCCACAGAGAACAAAUUCGUCGCAGGAUGUUCCAUACCAACUACAGUCAAGAGGACUGUCUGACCCUCAAUCUAUAUGCUCCAAUUCAAGAAAAGGACAAUUCUUCUCCGUUCCCGGUAAUGGUAUUCAUACACGGAGAAUCGUAUGACAUAGGAACCGGAAAUGCCUACGAGGGAAGCGUGUUGGCUAGCUACGGCAAGGUCAUUGUGAUCACAGUAAAUUACCGCCUCGGAGUUUUAGGUUUCCUCGGGACUGGCCACCCUAAUGCCAAUGGAAAUCAGGCUUUGCUUGACCUACUGGCAGUCUUGACUUGGAUCAAAGAGAAUAUUGCAUCCUUUGAUGGUGACCCAAACCGAGUUACCUUGUUUGGUCAUGGACAUGGCGCCGCCUUAGUGAAUUUCCUCCUCUUUGUGCAAACAGUCAAAAGAGAGAACCUUUUCCACCGCGCAAUCUUGAUGAGUGGUUCCGCCGGAAGUUCUUGGUCUCAGUCCGUUGAUCCUCUCGCUUGUGCCCAAAAACUGGCAGUCAACGUCAACUGUAGCAAAUAUAUUAAUGAAUCUGCUAAACUAAUACAGUGUUUCAAAAAUAAAACUACAGAAGAACUUGUGAACAAUGCCCCAAUACCACCGAAAUACUUUUCCUGUUUUGCUCCUUCAACAGAAAUCGGUACCUUCUUUAGAGGCUCAUUAGAGAGUAUGUUGAGAGACAAAAAUUCACAUGCUUUUUCAAAAAUCCCUGUUAUGUUUGGUGUCACUAAAAACGAGGCUUAUUCAUAUUUAAAACAGGAAGAACUCAUACAUGGAAUCUCAGAAUUUCGAAAGACACAAAUUUUGAGGACCUAUGUGCAAAAUGUAUUUAAGUACCACCGUCAGAAGAUCUUUGAAAUUUUGGAUCACGAGUAUUCCGAUUGGACAAAACUACAGGACAAUAAAACGCGAAGGGAUAACGUUAUGGAAAUGAUCAGCGAUGGUCAGUAUGUGGCUCCGAUUGUGAAAAUGGCCAGAGAACAUGCGGAGACAAAUGCAGGAACAUACUUCUACUCGUUUGGAUAUUCUACAAACUCUGAAAGCAAGAAUUUUCCCGAGUGGUCCAGUGGAGUCUUUGGAGAUGAAUUACCGUACGUCUUUGGCGCACCACUUGUCGAUGGUAUAUCACCUUUUCCUUCCGAGUACACGAAAAAUGAAAAACGCCUUAGUGCUUCCAUUAUGAGAUUCUGGACAAACUUUGCCAAGUCGGGAAAUCCUAAUACGCCUGUUAAAGAAACAAUAUUUGAGAAGGACAAAUUUUCAGAUAUAGAGUGGCCGAAAUAUGACCUUAAAAAGCAGCAAUACCUUCAAAUUGGUAAACGCCCUCAGGUUAAACAUCAUUACCGCGGGAAACAACUGGCCACGUGGUUGGAUCUUAUUCCAAAGAUAAACCGCGAAGACAUCAAAAAUGGUGAAAAAACAGACUCGGCUGAACACAAUUUGUUGGAUCCCAGAAAUGACUCGACAUUUGACGAGCCCCAGCGUCUAAUUACCAGAUUUCACCGCUUGUUUCCGGCCCCUCCCCCCACUUCCCCUCCUCCACCAAAGGACACACCUUAUGAACCUAAUACAUCAUCUGAAAAUGUAUCUGAAAAUUAUGAACCAAAAAUUUUUGUAACAGGGGGAGAUAACAUGGCAACUUCCAUUCUCCCACCUGUUUCUGACUCCCGGGAGGCGGAAUCUUUAGCUAGGAGUUCCGUCCCUUUAAGUAUAACAGUUGCUGUAGGUUGUUCAUUGUUGUUUUUAAAUAUUUUGUUUUUUGCCGGUGUAUAUUAUCAGAGAGACCGCAUUAAGAAGCUCAAGCGUGCCAAAGGAAUUUGUGAGACAGAGCUUAGAACCCCAAAGAAAAACGGAAAUAAUGGGGCUGACACUAAUCGACAAGAAACAUCGAGUUUAAUGACGUCACAAUCGGUGCAACAACAAAAUCAGUUGACACCUAUGAAAACAGUGAAUGAAAGACCUGAGGUUCAAGGGAACCCAAUAUAUGCUGCCAUAUCAAAAUCAUCAGACCAUUCAUCAGAUAAAUACUCAUACUCUCCAGUUCCAACAGACUCUUCGUCUCCGAUGCAUAGGCAUCGGGAUCGGAAUCCUCAUUCUCAUACAAAUAAUGUUCAAUCUCCAUAUAAAGGUGUGAGUACAUUUUCCUCUGGACGACCCCCAGACAGGUCCCCUAAGGCUGACAGAAAUGCUUACAAAAAUAAUGAUAGACUCCAAUCAAAGUCUAACAAAGAUAACCCGUCUUCGAAUUCAAGUAAUGCAAUUACUGUUGUUUAGCAUCUUUCAUGUUAUGGUGUUUGAUUGUUUCGGAUGCGUGUGAAUUGAGAAUUGGAAGAAGAGUAAAUGCGUUAUUUAUCGAAGUGUUAUCAUAAUGGUUAAAAGAAUGCGUGUUUAAAUAGAUAUAUUUUACCACUAAUUGGCUUAUCCCAUCUUUUUAUUGCCGUCCCUUUUUGUGGGACGUUCUUAAGCAUUACACCGCAUGUGUUUAAGUAUACAUAAGGGAAAAUACUCUGAUUUUAUAAUAUUAACUUUGAACAUUAUGAACAAAAUCGUAUUUUUCGGAUGAAAUAAUUGUAAAAUUGAUGAAGUGUUUUAAAAGCUGAAAGAAAUCAUUAUAAUUGAUUCGAAGAUAUUUUCAUUAUAAAGAAUUUAUGUGUUUUUGUACUGUAUUUUCAAAUUCAUAAAAUGUAUUGUGUAUGACUUCAUGUACAUGUACCUUCCGAGAGUGAAUUUAAAGCUUUUCUUGGUGUGAAUAAUAAUGUUGUUAUUUUGCAAGAAAUUAGAUUUAUAGAAAAUAAAAUCUUCUCAGAA